UAAGGAUGAGCAUGUACAAUCUGGAACAUCCACAUUAAAAAAAAGAAAAUCAAAUAAUUCCAUAUUAUCUCUUGAUGCUUACUACAAUCCAAAAGAAGCCAUCGAUAAAGCUAAAGAAAUCAGAGCAAACAAAGCACUAAUUAAAUGGAUAGUGUGGUCUGGUAUUUUAUUUUCUGCAUUUGAUUGUCCAUAUUUUGAAGACUAUAUUAAAAUAUUGAAUUAUGGAUAUAAUUCACCUAAGCAAACCUCAUUAGCAUUAUCAAUUCUGGAUAUAGAAGCUUGGUGUAGUCCAACAAAGCAUAGCAUAUAUGCAUUUGUAAUAAUGACAGAUAAUAGGAAGCAAUAUGUCUAUUCAUUGCACAAUUUUUCAAUAUAUCCUCAUAUAGCAAAUUUUAAUACUAAAAAAAUAUUAGAAAUACUAGAAAAAGUUGGGCCUGAAAAAUUUGUUGCUGUAGUUUUUGUUGCAGAAUCAGCAAUGAUGGCAGCAAAAUUUCCUUACAUUUUAUCUAUCAGAU